UAUUUUUAGGUUAGAAGUUAUAGUUGGAUUUAUUUGUGUAAUUGUGCGAUUUAUGAAAUUAUUUUAGUGUUUUGGGAUAUAUGUAAUGAAAGAUCUAUGAUAGACAUCUGUUACCAGCAUAUGAAUAAUAAAUAGAUACUUGCCGCUCUACUAGAAUCUUCACACGAUUCUUCCAAUAAUUCUGAGCAAUGGAAUGGAUAACUUCAAGUAUUCUCCGAACUUUAUGGAAGCCGACUGUUACUGCCGUUAGAACAAGGUACCACGCAGAUAAAACUAGACUUGUUCGAAGAUACGGCUACGAGGAGAAGAUAUGGAGCGGAGGAUUGUUGCCGAGGAGUCAGGGGAGGGCACUGCCUCUACCAGAAUACAGGCCUGUUAACCCAUGGACUGAACGUCGAGCAUUGUUUGGCCAAAAUGACUACAUUGACAUCUUGGGGCCUGGCAACAUACAUCCUGUGAAAACACUGUACAAUGUGCCUUCUUGGAUCCGAGGUGUCAGCGGCAAAGAAUACCAUAUAUUACUGAGAAAACAGAAGAUGUGGUCUAAGACUGCUACUCCGGUGGUGCGACCAACCAAAUGGAAGGAGAUAGAGAAGCGCCUGGGAUACUUAUAUAGAAAACUCAAUAGAAAAACUAAAACUGGUCAGUCACCUGAUUAAUAUUGAAAUUUAUUAUGUAGUAGUUAUUGUUAUAAAUGAUUUAAAUAAAAGUAGAGAAUAAGAUA